AUGGCGACCAAGAAAGGAUCGCAGGCGUUGCGCAUGUACGUGUCGAAGAUACGACAGGCGGUGAGGGAGGGGAAGGUAGAAGAUGGUCUUGCUCUCCUGCGCGAGAUGCUCUCCCUCGGUCAUCAGCCUCCUUCCUUCGUCUUCUCUCAUGUCCUCUACCUCCUUGAGACUCAGGGGCCUUCGAGGUUCGGGGAUGUUCAGGAGCUCAUGAAGGUCAUGAAGGAGCAGAACGUGCAGCCGGAGGAAGCGUUCUUCACUACCCUCAUUCGCUUCCACCUGGCCAUGGGAAACCCUUCGAGCGCGAGGGAGGUGCUGGGGGAGAUGAUGAAGGCUGAAAAUACUCUGCCGAAGCGAAGGACGUUCCUCCCAGUGCUGGAGGCCGUCUGCGAGGGCGGGAACGAGGAGGAGGCGUUCAAGAUGCUGACACUGAUGCGCGAACUUGGCAUCGUCAUGGGGGAGUCCGAGUUCAUCUACCUGGUCAAGCUCUGCUCGUUCGAUUACGCUCGCCAUCGCAUGCCAGAGGUUCUGGAGGAGAUGAGGCAGGUGCUCUACGGCAUCCAGCAGCCUCUGGCGGAGGAGCUGAGAAAUUGGUUUGAGAAGACGCACAACGUGAGCACGGGACGCAUCACUGAGUUCGGCAUGUGCUCCGUGUGCCAGGCGCGCCUUGGCAUCGUGGAUGUCAAGGAGGAGCAGGUUGCACGGAUGUGCGAGGAUUUAGAGAAGAUGAUUCAGUUGGAUCUUGACGGCAAGAGCAACAGCCAUGAGCUCGCACUCCAGGACAACGUCUUCCGCACGGGGACGCCGCAGGGGUUGAGGGGAGGAACGCACUUCAAGACGUUCAAGGCAUGGCUGGAGAAGAAUGGGCCAUGGGAUGUGAUAGUCGACGGGGCCAACGUAGGAUACUACGGCCAGUCAGGGAACCAGAGGAGGGACCUACAGCUGAACUAUCAUCAGAUAGACCGAGUGAUCCGCUCUCUGCAGAGGAGAGGACAUAGCGUUCGGGUGUUGCUGAUCCUGCAUGCUCAGCAUAUCAAGAAGGCACGUCACAAUCCAGACGCGCUGAAGAUGGUAGAACGGUGGUUGUCGGAAGGAAUCAUAUACGUGACACCAUCUGGUAUGAACGACGACUGGUUCUGGAUCUAUGCUGGGCUGUGGAGCACAAGGAAGCUCAAGUCGACGCUGAUCCUCUCCAACGAUGGCAUGCAAGAUCACCAUUACGCGCUGGUGGAAACCUCGAGGAAGUUCGGGGGGGAGGUGAACAGCAAGAGGAUGAUGGCAGACACUAUCAGCUACCACAAGGAGUUCCUUAAGUGGAAGGAAAGGCACUGGGUCACCUACGAAUGGUCCCGCUCCGUAGGAAGGAUAGUCUUCAACUUCCCACUCCCCUACUCCACGUGUAUCCAGGGCAGUCUGGCCCAGCCUUCCCCAUCCUCCUCCUCCUCCUCCUCCUCCUCCAAGUUGCAGGCCCGCAAGAUUGACCAGCUGAUCACGUCUGCUCUCAACACAAAACUUGAGGACGUGACGUGGCAUUUUCCAAUCGCAACAUCGACUGAGGAAGAGUUGGAGGAUGUGCCGAGGAGCAGCAAACACAAAGAACCUUCGGACCAGCUUCCUUUCUCUGUCACUAAGUCCUCGACCUGGCAGGGGAUGCGUCAUGUACAGCCCAACUCAACACUCCUCCUCUCGCUCCGUCGAUCAUGGAUGCUGUGCUCCAGACUGGUCUGA